GGAGGCGGCAAGCGAGGCCACCAGUGUUCAAAAAUUUCCCCUGAAAAUUUCGCCGUCUCCCUCUCUCGCGCGGGCUCGCCUCCUCCUCCCAUUCCGUCCGCGCGCCCGCACCGGCGCAGCCUUGCUGGAGCCUUCGGCGCCCUGCCGCCGGCGGUAAGGGGCCUUCCGCGGGGCUCGUCUCCGGCGCCGCUCUGGGCCAGUGGCCUCCGCGUCUUUCUCUGCGGAGCCCGACGCUCCGGCGGGGCCUCGUCGGGCGGAGCUAGGGUUUCGCCGCUUUGUGCUCGGGGCGGCGAGAUCUAGGGUUUCGAUCUCAGAUAGCCAGCCUAAUCUGGCCUCUUAGUGAAAAGGCUCCUCUUCUGACCAUGAAGUCUAAGCCGUUAAAUGAACCAAAUGAAACUCGAUUGGGCUAGCUAAAUGAUCGUUCAACUUGCUAUCUGCAGGACAAGUGUUUAACUUUUUCAAGAGGAAUAUUAAAUUGGAUAGCUGCUGCUGAGUAUUGGAAAACAAUGAAAGCUCAUAAGCAUCGAUGUAAUGCUCCUGAAACAGGAGCAAAUACCAAAUCUACUUGCAAUAAGUUGCCAAGCCUGAAAGCUGGUGCACAUAUCAACAAAUCAUCAGGCAAUAUUGCUGCUAAACGCAGAAAGGGUGCAGGUUUCUCACCUGAAUCAUAUACUGAAAGCAAGAUAGCAUUAACAACUGGCGGUCUUAUGGAAUCACCAUCCAGUGAUUCUAAGAAGUUUUCUGCUCGGCCACCUAAUCACUCUGGAAAGAUCAAGCUCCAACUUUUCCCGAUAGAUGAGAACAUUCAAAAGAUCAUGCAGCAAGAAAAACACAACCCUUAUCUGGAAUUGAUUUUGGCUCCUCGAAAGAAGAUAUCCUCAGUUGUACAGCAUCUGAACACAAAGUGGGGUAAUUCUCAGUGUGCAAAAGGCGAGCUCAUGCUCUUCCCUAAUGGUACUAGAGUGGAUAUCAUAGCUAGCAGUGCAAAAUGGACGCUUAAGGAUUCUUGCACAGCUGCUGAUGUGCAUGUUGCAGUUGGCAGCCCUUCAACAUUUCGCUUAAGGUAUGGUUGGUUUGGGCCCAAUCUGAAGCAACAAAGCAGUGGACCAUCUUUGGCAUCAGUGCAGUCUGCAGACAAGACUAUUGGUGUCAAGGCUCCGGAUCUUGUUUUCACUGAAGAGAAACAUAUGACUGGUUUGAGUGAAUUUCCUAGUAACUUUGUGACUCCAUCCAUUGUGGAUAACACAAAUGCAGUGCAACAGGUGGAUAAUCAAAGCAAAGUGGCACCACUUUCAUGGCUUGACUCCAUAUCCAAUAUAAGCUUUGGUGCGCUGUUAUCUGAAGCUACACCUUCUCAAGACAGCAAGCAAUUGCCUUCACAAAAUAACCCAAGUAUUCAGAUCCCUGCUACAUGUGAUUCAUUUGACGCUGCUAUUGCUUCUCUGAUUGCCUGCCAGCAAGCUAGUAGCCAGCCAAGGGUGUCAAAUCCAUCCCUUUGGGAAGCUGAAGACACUUGCCACGCAUUUGCCUUCCAGAAUCAAGCUUCGAGAAGGGCAUCAAGUUCAAUUCCUGGCAACGGUGGUGCUGCUAUGACCUCUUCUGUCUUGGGUGCAAUUCCAGAAACUGGCACAGAUGAUGAUCAGCAAUGCUCUACUAAUGGUAAAGAAAGGGAAGCAAGCACUGAGCCAUCAGUACUGGGCAGUGAUCUUAAUGCAAAGCCAGAGACCUCAGUGCAUGAGUCCACUGGUGACCCAGAACAUGGAUCAUCUUUCUCUGGAUUCUUGAUUGGAACUGACAGUUUAGGGCUCAGCGGCUUACUCGCAAACAGCCUGGAUGCAUUCCAGAACUUCUCUGUUUCCUAAAUCUCAGACAAGGACGCAGGGUUAAUUGUAUGGCCAAGGUGAAGGUAUAGGUCAACUGGGUUUCUGUUUCAUUGAGAGAACUAAUUAUUUUGGUCUUGCUGAAGCGGCUUAUGUAGAUAAAUUGCCCAUCUUAGUCAUGUAAACAUUUUACUUAUUUCUACUUUGAUACUUGGAAGAAAUAUAUAUUUUGAAGUUGUCAAUAAUCUAUCUGUCUUGGCUCUUGUCA